UGCGCGCCCGUUCCUCGGCUUUUGCGUUCGUCCUUCCGCCCGCGCCGCCGCCGCCGCCAUGAGGGAGAUCGUGCACCUGCAGGCCGGCCAGUGCGGCAACCAGAUCGGCGCCAAGUUCUGGGAGGUGAUCAGCGACGAGCAUGGCAUCGAUCCUACCGGCACUUACCAUGGCGACAGCGAUCUGCAGCUGGAGCGGAUCAACGUGUACUACAACGAGGCCACCGGUGAGACACCACGCCCCUUCCUCAACUACUACUGCGUCCCCGCGGCUCUCCGCUCGCUCACGUCCCCCUCUCCCUCCCUAGGUGGCAAGUAUGUGCCCCGCGCUGUGCUCGUGGACCUAGAGCCCGGCACCAUGGACUCCGUGCGCUCGGGACCCUUCGGGCAAAUAUUCAGGCCAGACAACUUCGUUUUCGGUCAGAGUGGUGCUGGGAACAACUGGGCCAAGGGGCACUACACAGAAGGUGCAGAGCUGGUCGACUCGGUGUUGGAUGUCGUGAGGAAGGAGGCUGAAAGCUGUGACUGCCUGCAGGGCUUCCAGCUGACCCACUCCCUGGGUGGGGGGACUGGGUCUGGGAUGGGGACCCUCCUCAUCAGCAAGAUCCGGGAGGAGUACCCAGACAGGAUCAUGAACACAUUCAGUGUGGUACCCUCACCCAAGGUAUCGGACACGGUGGUGGAGCCCUAUAAUGCCACCCUCUCGGUCCACCAGCUGGUAGAAAACACAGACGAAACCUAUUGCAUUGAUAACGAGGCUCUCUAUGAUAUCUGCUUCAGAACCCUAAAACUGACCACACCUACCUAUGGGGACCUCAACCACCUGGUGUCUGCCACCAUGAGUGGGGUCACCACCUGCCUGCGCUUUCCUGGCCAGCUCAAUGCUGACCUGCGCAAGCUGGCUGUCAAUAUGGUCCCCUUCCCCCGCCUGCACUUCUUCAUGCCCGGCUUCGCCCCACUGACCAGCCGAGGUAGCCAGCAGUACCGGGCCCUGACGGUGCCCGAGCUCACCCAGCAGAUGUUUGAUGCUAAGAACAUGAUGGCUGCCUGUGAUCCCCGCCAUGGCCGCUACCUGACUGUGGCCGCAGUAUUCAGGGGCCGCAUGUCCAUGAAGGAGGUGGACGAGCAGAUGCUGAACGUCCAAAACAAGAACAGCAGCUAUUUCGUCGAGUGGAUCCCCAACAACGUGAAAACCGCUGUCUGUGACAUCCCACCCCGGGGGCUAAAGAUGUCUGCCACCUUCAUCGGCAACAGCACAGCCAUCCAGGAGCUGUUCAAGCGCAUCUCAGAGCAGUUCACAGCCAUGUUCCGGCGCAAGGCCUUCCUACACUGGUACACGGGUGAGGGCAUGGACGAGAUGGAGUUCACAGAGGCCGAGAGCAACAUGAAUGACCUGGUGUCUGAGUACCAGCAGUACCAGGAUGCCACGGCCGAGGAAGAGGGGGAGUUCGAGGAGGAGGCGGAGGAGGAGGUGGCCUAGAUCUGAUACCUGGUAAAGCGCGUGGAAGCUGUGUGAACUCUUUAUUCGCUCACAACCUGUUCUCUGAUAGCCGUGUCUCUGUGUGCACUCGCUCUUUUUCCUGUCUGGACGUCACAUGCUGUACAGAUGCCACCAUUAAAGCAUUUUCAUAGUG